AUGGCAUUUGAAUUGUAUUGUGCGAGCGGAACGCAGGCUCGACAUGUAGCAGGACCGCGUCGCAAUGAGCGUACAGCUGGCGCCGAAAUCCACCCCGCAUGGGUGACCGUGACGGAUUGUUCUUUGCUUGUUAUAGUCGGACGUGCUUCACAGGACGCGCCACUGUUGUUCACGCACGACGCUAACGAGCGAGCGGUAGAAGAUCAACGAGGAAUUUGGCCACGCCCAUACCCGUGA